AUGUUCGGCCGACAACAACGACGAAGCGCAUAUCCCAAGCGAAGCGGCUCAGGCUACUCUUCCUGGCCCGAGAGCGACAGCGAGGACGACAUGAUUAGGCCCUGCGCCGCCUCGUCAGAGAAGCCCGAGGCCCACGUUACCAUGACCGAGUACGCUCCCGCACCCACAGCAACAGCAGCAGCGGAGCAGUCGCCGCAGUCGCGACGACCCUCCCUCGCUGGCCGCCGUUCCUCCUCCGAUGACGCCGAUAUCGAGGAGCUUUGGGAGUGCAUGCUUGAGCUCCAGCAAAAGUACCACUGUUACAACUCCACGCGUAUGGAGAUUGCCGCCGACAGCGAGGAUGCCAUGGAGAUGAGGCCUACCCGAGCCUGCAUGGAUAUGCUCAACGACUCAAUCGAGUCGCUCCCCGAAGAGGGCUGGAAGAAGCUCAGCAAGUACCUCGUGCCGGAGUGCGAGGGGUACCAGAAGCAACAGAAGUGGAAGUUCUGGAAGCAUGCCUGA